ACACCGCCCGUAGCGCUCCUACGUAGUUAAUAUGUACUCGUGUGGUACGGACGUUCGCCUUUUCAAACGCCAAUAAUUUUAUACGAUAAACAAAUCCUUAUGAAUAAUAAUAAUAAUAAUAAUAAUAAUAAAAACAAUAAAAUUAUUCAGUGAUACAGAUUUCGGUGAUAAUAUCGCUCACAUUAUAUUAUUAUCGUCGUGUUAACUAUUACAUUAUUAUUAUUAUUAUUAUUAUUUAAAUCACAAACGUACGUACGACGACGUGCGUACGGGAAUUAUAUCGUAACGUCUAUCUGCGUCUCGGACGACUCGUGGUGCAAGUACGUAUUCCCGACGUGAUUCCGUCGGCCGAUAGUGUACGAUCGACUCUUCGAUCGCGCUCGACGACGCCGUUUGACGUACCCUUUUCACCGCAGUCGUUGCGCUCGUGGGCACGAUUAAAAGUGAAGGACACUUUCUUUACUGGGCCAUUUCGACGACCGACCGACCGCAUUCGGUGACUGGCGCAUGUGACACGACCAUCGUUCCGCCGUACAUAUAUGGUGCAUUAUAAUAACAAUUAUAUUGACCGCGCCGACGUUCACAGGACACCACGGGAGGUGAAAAAACAAAUGUUUAAAUGGAAGCAUCUUCAAUUAUCACCCAAGUGUCGCGUGAAGAUGAACACCUAAAGAGCUUUGUGCCAGAUAAGGCUGAUCAUGUUCGGUUGAAAAAUGAACGGGGUCUAUGGCGGACAUUACUUUGCUGUUUUGGCAAAUCAAGAACAAGACCAAAUUCUAGUUUUGUCCCGAGUAGUAAUAUACGUGGAGUGAAUACUAAGUCUGACAGAAGUUUUACUCCUCCUCGUAGCCCUGAUCUUUCACAGUCGUCAUACUUACUUCCUGCUAUAAGACACCAAGAUAUGCAUAAAAAAUGUAUGGUUAUUGAUCUUGAUGAAACGCUUGUCCAUAGUUCUUUUAAGGCAAUUAAUAAUGCAGAUUUCGUAGUACCUGUUGAAAUAGACGGCACAGUUCAUCAAGUCUAUGUUUUAAAGAGACCACAUGUAGAUGAAUUUCUUCAACGCAUGGGUGAACUCUAUGAGUGUGUAUUAUUUACUGCAAGUCUUGCCAAGUAUGCCGAUCCAGUUGCCGAUUUACUAGAUAAAUGGGGUGUAUUUAGAGCCCGUUUAUUCCGUGAAUCAUGUGUGUUUUAUAGAGGAAAUUAUGUGAAAGACUUAAACAAAUUAGGUCGCGCAUUACAUAAAGUUGUAAUCAUUGAUAAUUCACCUGCAUCAUACAUUUUCCAUCCAGAUAAUGCUGUUCCUGUUAAUUCAUGGUUUGAUGAUAUGACUGAUAAAGAACUGUUGCAUUUAAUUCCAUUUUUUGAAAAACUUAGUAAAAUGGAAAAUGUUUACCCAGUUAUAUGCAACAUCAAUCAUAUGGCAAAUGCUGCUGCUGCAGCUAUUGCAGUACAAUCUCAACACAUCAAUAGCGAAAAUGUUUUAUAGCAUCAAUUUUUAAGUACAAUUUAUUUGUGCCAAUGGUAAUUAUUUAUAUUUACCAUGAUAAACAAAAGUAAUAAUAAUCAUAAUGUAACAAUCGUUUAAGGUAUACAAAGAUAAAAUUAUAAUAUUUACCUAAUUUAGGUAACAUAAUUUAGAAUUGUUUUUAAUUUUUUUCUCGUUAAACUUCUCUAAGAUACUUUUGUAGAUGUUUAAUUUUGUUUUUUUUUUUUUUUUAAUAAACAUAAAGUGACAACUUUUAAAGGUAUUAUACCUAUUACCUACCUAUAUCAUUCAAUUAAAAUGUAUUCAUUAUCAUUUUUUAGAAUAUACAUUAAUAACACUUAAUGUUUAAUAUUAUAGGUUACCUACAUUAUAAAGUAUUUAUUUAUGUCAAAGUACUUAUUAUCCAUGCAUAAUAUGUAUUGUAUGGUGGACUAAUCAAGGACAAAACAAUUUAAUUUAAUUAAACUGUCUAAAUUAUUAUUAUUUUUUUUAAUGUGUACUAAUCUGGUGAAUAUGUUUGUAUAAACAUCAUAUCAAAUAAUUCUGAUAUAAUCUUGAAGUUCAAGAUAUAGAUGAAAUAUUAAAACUUAAUCAAAUCGAUUUUUAUUUUUUUGUUUCUCUGUCCAUUUUUAUAAUGAGUAUUUUAAUAUAGAAUAUAGUAAGUUACAAAUAUCUAUGCUUUUGUCGAUAAUUGAUUGUUUUAAAUUUGAUUGUAAUGGAAUUAUUAUUAUUAUUAUGUAAUUUAUACAAAUUAAAUGUAAAUUAUUGACACCCCUAUUGCAUAGAUUCACGAAUUUAAUAAAAUAUUAUAAAAUUAAAAAAUAUUUUUUAAUUAAAAUCAAACAUUCUCUAAUAUUAAUUUUCUUUUCUUUUUAAAAAAAAAAAAUCAUUUUUUAUUAAUAGGUAAUUAUAAGCUCUCAAGAGGACACAAUCAGUUAUCUUUAAAUAUUUGUAUUUAAAUAGUGUCAUAUGACUGCAUUUCAAAUUAUUUUAAAUUAUUCUAACAAUAUUGUAUAGAAAAUAAGUAUGCAAUACCAUGGAGUGAAUUAUAUUUAUUCAUAAUAUUAUAAAAAUGUUGUAUUCAUUAUCAUUUAUACAUUUUUUUUUUACUCUGUGUUAUUUGUAAACAGAUGGAAAUAUUUUAUAAUUUUUAUAAAAAUCCAUACUAUAUUAUUAUUCUAUAUUUUAAUAUAUUUUUUUUAUUUUAUAAGCAGUAUUUCAAUUAUUUUAUAAAACAAUAUAUAUAUAUAUAUAUUUACAUGUGUAUAUAUGAUAAAUUAUGCAUUUAUCAAAAUUGACUGGUUGCAAACUUUGUUUUGUUGUACAUUCAUUAAUUAUAAUUGUGAACUCUUGAGAUAAUUAAAAUAAUAAAUGUUAUUAUUAUUUUUAAUUUAUGUUUUAUUUUAAAAUAUUCAGUGGCUUAUACAGGGAGAAGUGUGCUUUUUAUUUUUAACAUUAACCUAAAAUUUCUGAUAAAAAAUGUUUUUGAAGUAUAUUUAUCUGCACAAGUUAUUAUAAUACUAAUAAGUUGAAAAAUACAUUAAAUAAAGAAAAAUUAUUAAAAUCAAACAAUUUUUUUACACUUCUAAUUAAUCCUGUGUAUGCUACAAAUAAUAUUAAGAACACCAAUGUUGUACUAUUACCUUUUGUGAUUGACUUUCUAAAUAUUUUGGAACAUGUGUUUUUAUUAUUAUUAUUAAAUAAUUUUAUUUUGUUUUCUUUUAAAAUUAUAUUUAUUUUUAACAUUUUAUCACAAACAAAAUUAGAAUUAACAUUAAGUUAAUAUCUAUAUAUUUAUUUUUUGUUAUUUUACUAGUUACAGUUAAACAUUUUAUAAUCUGUAUGAGUUUUGUUAAACAAUCUCUUAGCAUUGUUCAUGCUCAUCAAUUUAAUUGGUUUAUUUUACAUAAUAUUAUGAUUUCAGAUAAUUGAAUCUCUUGUUUAUUAUUAAUCUUUGGUUGUUUCGUACAAUUUUAUUUCUUUAUGUGAAAUACAUUUAGUUAUUUAAUAAAUGAAGAAUCAAUGUAAAAUAUUAGCAUGUAUAUUAAUAGACUAGAUUGUCACUUAUUAUACACAUUUCACACUUUAAAAAAGUACUGAAAAUAUAAAAUAUACACAUAUA